GGCGUGGGGGGAGCAGAUGCCGCCGGCAGCGCGCGGGAUCCGGGCGCCAGCAGAGCGCAGCCGCGAACGAGGCGCGGGGGAGGCGAGCGGGAGCCGGGGCAGCAGUCAGUGUUGGCGGAGAGCACCCGGGCGCAGUCGGAGCCAGAGAAGCAGCUGCGAUGGCCGUGGCCGUGGGGAGACCGUCUAAUGAAGAGCUUCGAAACUUGUCCCUUUCUGGCCAUGUUGGAUUUGACAGUCUUCCCGACCAGCUGGUCAACAAAUCUACUUCUCAAGGGUUCUGCUUCAACAUCCUGUGUGUCGGUGAGACGGGCAUCGGCAAGUCCACGCUAAUGGACACUUUAUUCAACACCAAAUUUGAAAGUGACCCAGCUACUCACAAUGAACCAGGAGUCCGGUUAAAAGCCAGAAGUUAUGAGCUUCAGGAAAGCAAUGUCCGGCUGAAAUUAACCAUUGUGGACACUGUGGGAUUUGGAGACCAGAUAAAUAAGGAUGACAGCUAUAAGCCAAUAGUGGAAUACAUUGAUGCCCAGUUUGAGGCCUACUUGCAAGAAGAACUGAAGAUCAAACGCUCUCUGUUCAACUACCACGACACCAGGAUCCACGCUUGCCUCUACUUCAUUGCCCCUACUGGACAUUCGCUGAAGUCCCUGGACCUGGUCACCAUGAAGAAGCUGGACAGUAAGGUGAACAUCAUUCCAAUAAUUGCAAAAGCUGACACCAUCGCCAAGAAUGAAUUGCACAAAUUCAAGAGUAAGAUCAUGAGCGAGCUGGUCAGCAAUGGAGUCCAGAUAUAUCAGUUCCCCACAGAUGAAGAAACCGUGGCUGAGAUUAAUGCAACCAUGAGUGUGCACCUGCCAUUCGCAGUGGUCGGCAGCACUGAAGAGGUCAAGAUCGGCAACAAGAUGGCCAAGGCCCGGCAGUACCCGUGGGGUGUGGUGCAGGUUGAGAAUGAAAAUCAUUGUGAUUUUGUGAAACUUCGGGAGAUGCUGAUCCGCGUGAACAUGGAAGAUUUGCGGGAACAGACCCACACUCGCCAUUAUGAAUUGUAUCGGCGCUGUAAGCUCGAGGAGAUGGGGUUCAAGGACACUGACCCUGACAGCAAGCCCUUCAGCCUUCAGGAGACAUACGAAGCAAAAAGGAAUGAAUUUCUGGGAGAACUUCAGAAGAAAGAAGAAGAAAUGAGACAAAUGUUUGUUAUGAGAGUGAAGGAAAAAGAAGCUGAACUUAAAGAGGCAGAGAAAGAGCUCCACGAGAAGUUUGACCUCCUAAAGCGGACACACCAAGAAGAGAAGAAGAAAGUGGAAGACAAGAAGAAGGAGCUGGAGGAGGAGGUGAACAACUUCCAGAAGAAGAAAGCAGCCGCUCAGUUGCUACAGACCCAGGCCCAGCAGUCUGGGGCCCAGCAAACCAAGAAAGACAAGGAUAAGAAAAAUGCAAGCUUCACAUAAAGCCUGGCAAGCCAAGGAUGGUCCCGCAUUCACCUGCUUUUGCAGUAAUAUUGUAUCUCUGCCAUCUGUGUCCUUUUUUAUUUUUAUUUUUUAUUUUUACCUUUCCCCAGACACCAAUAACAAGGGAAUAACAGCAAAAGCUCUAUGCAGCUGAACUUUGUUUCUGGGAAGGAAAUGAUUUGCCUUUCAUGCCUGUUCUGAGUGGCAACAGGAAGCAUGCCUGUUACUUGUGUGUUGCUUUGGACUGAGGGAAGGAGGGUAAAUUGCUCCAUGUACGUCUGACAGGAAAACUCACCACCUCAGCAGCUGAACUAUAAACCUGAAUAGCCAUGACAACUCACUUUUCCUAAUUAUUGGUGGGAAAAGUCCUGAACUCACUAUUUCUUCUCCUCACCUACCCAAACCCAAGAUAGCUUUGCACGUAGGCAGACAAGUGGGUAAGCUUCAUACGACUUUUAAACUUGCAUGGACUGCGCAUUAUUAUAACAUUAUUUGGUCUGGGUUGUGAGUCUGUUCAGACUGACUGUUUGCUUAUGGCUUUACAAAUGCGUCUGAACCCCUGUCUCUCAAAUUCUGGCCGAGUCAAACUGUAAUAAAACUAUAAUAUCUGAGAGAGGGUCCAGGUUCCACUGAAAAAAGCAAACACAGUCAUAGUUUUGUAAUCAGCAGUCUCAAAAGCUGGGUAACACAGCAUUGCUUGGCAGAGGAGUCUGCGAGGGGUGACGGGCUCUGCACAGACUCCUCACUUCUUACAGUUAGCACGCUUUCCCACACACAGUGGGACUCGCUCUCGGUGGGCUGAGAGGGAGGACCUAACGGCCGAUGCCAGGAUGUCGGUGCUUCCAGUAACAUUUUUCAACAAUCAUGAGAAUAAAAUUUUCAGAGAUCCUUCAAAACAAUGUGUUGUAAAUGAUGUGUCACCUGCAGUGCAGAUUUGAGGGGACUUUGUCAGUUUCAGGUAGGAAUGGGAAGCAGUACCACACAAACCCAAGUCACAGAAAGGAGAAAUUCAGCUUCACAUCCAGGCUCCUUUGCAUGGUGUCCUUUUGGGAUUUGGCAAGAAAGGGAAGAAAAAAAAUAGAACAGCUGGCCUUUCAAAUCCAGCUGUGGUGAAGGAACUUCCUCACCUUCCUCCUCGCAGCCAGCUCACUCGCCUCCUCUUUACGUCCAUGGCCCGUCACCCCAACUUUGUGUGGCAAAGGGCAUAUGUAAUCCCUUUUCUGUACUGUUCCUUUAUAAGGCUUAUCCUUUCAUCUUCUUGAAUUUUUUCCCCUCUGAUAACAAGAUCCUCCUAGCUGUCCCUCUGCCUCUAUCGUCUCCUGUUUUUUACUUGAAAGAAUAACAUUUUUUAUAAGCCUGAUACUUUAUUUACUUCUGCCAUUUCCUUCUGGACUCAUUACGCAUAUAUAAAGUGAAUAGGACAGAAUACCCUGUACUUCCCUUGACACACAGACACACUUUUUAAAAAAAACUAGUAAGCCUCUAGUUAAUUCCAAUCCAUAAAAAUUAUCUUUCCUUCUCUUGGUCCUCAACCAUACUGUUAGGGCAAAGAAGGGAUGUCUCCCAUGAACUGAUCUGGGCUUAAGUAGGCAAAGUAAGAAGUCAGUUUCAUUGAAGCCCAGACUGAGCUGGGUCAGAAACUGCACGCUAGGAGCAGCAACGGUGGUGGAGAGACAGGUUUGAGAGGGACCGGGCCAAGGUUUUUAUUUUUGCUUUCGUGUUUUUAAUGAUUCUAGUGUGAUGCCAGCUGUGGAGCAGCCAAAUAUUAGAUGGCAUGCCGAGUCUAACCGUGGGCUGAAUUUGCUCGUACGCUCGCACCAGACAGAACUUGAAUGCUUUUGUUGUAUGCCGUUUCCACCGCCGCUCAUGUGACCAUUUUUGUGCUUUGUACAUUCUAAAAAUGCAUCACUUAAAAUCAUUUUUAACGUAUCACUAAAACCUUUUUAAAGUGAGCCUAACUGUGAAAGGCAUCCAGCUGACUUUGAUUCCAAGAUUAUUGAUUCAUUUUUUUUCCAUGAAGUUUUUUCACAGUAAAAUAAGUCAGAUGGAGAGUCAGGGAAUAAAAAGUCAAAAGAAAGAUGUAGACUAGAGAGCUUUUUAUUUUAAUGCGUUGCUUCUGAACUUUUUUCUCCCCCUGCUCCCGUCCCUGUUUAGUUUGUUAUUGCUGUCCUUCUUUCCUUUCUGUAUCUGUGCCUUUUUUCACAGUAGUCCUUGGCUCUGCACGGAAUAAAUGAUACCCUCAAAUCUAAUUGGAUGUGCUUUCGCCUUUGCAUGUAAGUACGGUAGUAAGAAACCUUUGAGAUUUUUCUGACUUUAAAAUAAGAGAAACAUAUGGGAUAGGUGGAUUUCUUUUUUCUUUUUGGAAUGGGGUAGGGAGGUAAUGGUUUGAGUAUCUUUUGGUUUAAAAAGAAAAACUAAAUAUAUUUAAAGUGGCCACAUUGAUACAUUUAUAUCCUUUCCACAAGAAACACAUCAAUUCAGCAUUCCCUUGAUAUCAGUAUGGGAGUCAGAAAUCACUGGUCCCAGUCUGUGUCAUACACACAGUAUCGUGAGUGUCACUGGAUACUACAGAGGGUCUUUGGUUCUGACUAUGCAAAUAAAGCUGGAAUGAGGAAUGGAGAAAAUGGGGAAGAAAAGAUGUUUAUGCUAGGCCGCCCCUGUGACCGCUUCAUUUUUCGUGAUCUUGCUUCAGUGGCCUUGUCCUUGUGCUGACUGCCAGCAGUGAUCACCUCUUCUUUAAAAGCCAGACAGCUCUAAAAAUCUUUUGUUCAACCAUAGUGGCCCACUUUUUGCUUCUCCUGGACUUAAAAUACGUGUAAUAGGUGUACGUGCAGAAGGGUAUGAUGGAGAGACAUUUAUGAGAAUUUAUUGGAAGUUCAGAAGUUACGUUUUCUAGCUUGGGCUCUUUAUUAGUGGGGUCAUGGUUUUGUCCAGAAAGGGCAUCUUAGCCAGGGGGACAUUUAACAUAAAGCUGGGCACAGGUCACUUAUCUUCCUUCUCUGCUUUGUAAUCUCACCAGCAAUAAAAAUAACUUAUUCUUCAUAUCUUGUGCACCUCAAACAAAUCGACUUGGUUUCCUCACUUGCUUGACAUAUCCGUAAGUGUUUCACAUACAAACCGUUCAGUCAGGUUUCCGGCUGUCACCAACCCAUGCCAUACUGUCUCCGUGUGGUCCGACCAGAACAUCCAUUCAGACCCCUUCACUCUUCCAUUUGCAAGUGUUUGAAAUUGUCAAGUCUUGGUUCCAUUGACAGAAUACAUAUGUGAUGACUCUUUAGUAGAAAUGACCUACAAAGUCUAGAUUGUAUGUAGGUAUGAAGGCAAUUUUUUUUAAUAAAUUGAAAAUUAAGCUGUGAACAGCAUUAGAACUUUGUCUAUUUCUUAAUUUUAAAAUAUGCUGAUAUGCCUUAAACUGUAGCUGUAGAUCACUGUCAUUUUGCUGUUUGAAAAUAACCAAUGUGUUUCUAAAACUGUUGUGUAAUCUACUUUGUGUUAAUGCAAAAUUGUCAUAUAUGUAAGCUGCAUGUUAGACUUGUCUUUUCUUAAAAAACUAAAAUAAUUGUACUGAUGUGAA